GAACCAACCUCUCUUCUAUUUUCAUUGCAUAUAUAAGCACACGCACCCCCAUCAAAGCAGAAUCACCAAAUCUCCGAAAAGAAUCAAUCUUCAAAAAUCACUUUCCCUCUCAAAACUUCACAACUCAUAGCUCAGCUCGACACAACUAGAUUCGUUCUUAUUAUCUGCAUCGAUCUCCAUCAUCAUGAAGCAAAAGUUGGUGAUCAACGUCUCAAUGAACAAGGAAAAGUCACGGCCCAAGGCGAUGAAGAUAGUCGUCGGCGUCCACGGUGUCGACUCGGCGUCGUUGGCCGGGCCAGACAAGACCCAAAUUGAAGUCACCGGCGACGGAAUCGACUCGGUGGCACUCGUCACUCUGCUUCGGAAAAAAGUGGGGUUCUCUGAACUGGUGAGCGUCGGCCCUUUGGAAGAGAAGAAGAAGGAGGAGGAGAAGAAGCCAGGGGAAGAUUCUAAACCGCCGGCGCCCGUCGUAUGGUCGUACGAGUACGGUGGUGGACAGCCUCACUACGUCUACCAAAUGAGCCCUGCCGCCGGCGGGUACUAUUACAAUAACAAUUACCCUUAUCUUUGGAAUUAAUUUGUGUAGUGUACAUAUAUUGAAUUAUGAAUUUCCGGUGAGAGACGCAAAAAAAAAAAAGGGGGGGGGGGGGGGGUCGUCAUUGGCUUGACCGGACGGCGGUCGGAGAUUUUGAUAUAUCAGUAGUAGUUUGAAAUUUGAGGAUUGUAAAUUAAGCAGAAUAUUAGCAACAAUGGUGGGCUAUGAAAUAAAAUACGAGUAUAAGACAAAAGCGUUCAGUACUUGAAUCUCAACA